CGCCGCUUGCUCGAAAUGCGGCGCCUCUGCCACUGCCGCUGCAUCUUCCUUCUCUAUCGUUCGCCUCCGGUCUCAUCUUACCUGACGUCCGGACCUGACCUUAUCCGCCGCCCCGACGCGACGACUGGCAGCCGCACACUCCGCGAGUGGGUCUCCUACUCUCCUUUCCCCUCCUCUCCGCCACCCCCCGCGCCUCCCUGCCGGAAUCGACAGGCGAAUCAGGCGGCGAAGAUGGUGGCCGGCUUCACCGUUACCCCUUCCUCGUCCAUAUGCCGUGUUUGUAUCCCGACGGCGUGCCGUUUGGAGGCGCGGGGUAAAGUUCCCGCGCCGAGGUUUCUCCAUAAUCGGAAGCAAGCAAAAAGACGGUCUGCGACAGCCUGGCCCUUGAAAGCUGGUCUAUGGGACUCUCUCAAAUCCGGAUUUUUGAAAACUAAUAACAAUACAGAGACAGUAGAGCCACCAUCUACACCACUUGAAGAGGAAGAACCUGUACCUGAGGAACUAGUGCUCCUAGAAAGGACACUCCCUGAUGGUAGCGCAGAACAGAUCAUAUUUUCUUCAGCUGGCGAUAUUGAUGUAUAUGAUCUCCAAGCCUUAUGUGAUAAGGUUGGAUGGCCACGCAGACCUCUAACAAAAAUUGCAGCAUCCUUAAGAAACAGCUACUUGGUCGCAACACUACAUUCAAUAAUUAGGUCUCCAGGACCAGAGGGAGAAGAGAGGAAGCAACUAAUUGGUAUGGCGCGAGCAACUUCAGACCAUGCCUUCAAUGCUACAAUUUGGGACGUCCUUGUUGAUCCUUCCUAUCAGGGUCAAGGUCUUGGUAAAACACUCAUGGAGAAAGUAAUCCGUACUUUGCUCCAGAGAGACAUCAGCAACAUUACAUUAUUUGCAGACAGCAAAGUUGUAGAUUUCUACAAGAACAUGGGAUUUGAAGUGGACCCUCAAGGCAUCAAGGGCAUGUUCUGGUAUCCCAGAGUUUAGCUUCAGCGGCCUGGCACCCCUCUUAUUCCUACAAGAACAUCGUCCAACAACUCUUACCGCGGGGAUGGAGAAAAAGGUUCCUAGUGGCACAAUUUUCUCCGGUGCAGAAGAAAUGGGCAGGAGCUCAGCUCUGCAACGAUAAAAAGAAGAUAAUGGUGCGGUUCACAAGAUCUGGUGGUUCACAAGAUCUGGUGUUACCAGCUCUCUGAGUCUCCCGUGUCUAGGCAAUGUAUUAUUCACGUUUAGUUGUUUAGAUGCCUCUGGCAGAGAGAGCUCGCCAGUUCUUGCACGACACAUCGUACUAUGGAACUCUGGAUGUAACGAAGAAACUGUUUUCUAGUCAACCUACCCAAGUACCCAUCCAGCUUGCGUGGACAUUUACCUGAACCAUUUGGAAGCUUUGCUUAUUCAAUCAUUGGCAUCGACACUGAAAACUA